AUGGAUGGGAUCAGGCCAUCCCGGUCGAGCCGGCCGUACCAGCGUACCUACAAGGCGUGCAUUCCUUGCCGGCAACGCAAGGCCAAAUGCGACCUGGGAUCAGGAACCGAAGGCCGGUCCGAUGGAUUCCCGAUCGGUCCACCAUGUGUGCGGUGCCGCAGGGAGCUAAGGGAGUGUGUGUUUCCCGAGAAACGCGCGUGGGAGAGGUCCCGCAAACGAGCUCGAUCUUCUGCGGACUAUGAGACGGAUGUCUCGCCCCGGCAGGUUGGCCAUUUGACAGAGGCCUUGCCGGAUGCUACUUUUGUUCAGGGUCGACAUGACCAGUAUCCAUCCACUGUCGACAGGGCUGAUCCGAAGCCGCAGACGAAUCACUUUCAGCAGUCGCCGGGUUUUCAACCUGGGUGGUCGGUUCCCCGUGGUCAAUCGCGGUCCCAAUAUGGCUCAUAUGAUCAUGGCGGGGCUAUGGAGCGGCCACGUCCUGACCGACCUGAUCAAUCGCCCUCCAGUACAUAUGAAAACAACAAGCACCGGUCUAAUUCUUCUCUGGCAAGCUCUAUGAUGCGAACUGUUGUUGCGAGUGGAAAUGAUGCAUUGAAUAUUCUGUUUGAGGCGGCAACUGCCCAAGAAGAGAAUCCUGCUGAUACAAGUUCGGAAUCACUGGCUGGGCCUCCGUCGGCAGGUCCUAAUAAUCAGGACCGAACACCCAGGAAUUAUGAUGCUGCAUUUGAUCCAGUGACUAGGGUUAUCUACCCUGUACAGCUAUCUGAUGCCUCGCGAGACACUCUCAAUGUCUGGGAGGCUUGUCGGUUUGUUAAGAUGGGCUGGUUCACUGCCAGAGAAGCUGUGACAUUCAUUGAUUUAUUUUUCAAGAACAUGUCAUGUCUAUCUCCAAUUUUGACAGACUUUUAUGCUAACCAUCGAUAUCACUACUGGCUGAUUACCCGAGAGCCAGUCUUGUGCUCUACUAUUCUCAUGAUAUCCUCUCGCUACCACGUUCUCCCCGGAGCGGGAGGUGAGUCAAGAAACUUCUUCAUCCACCACCGGCUCUGGCUACAUUGCCAGCAGUUAACGAUGAGGCUUAUCUUCGGGCAGGAGAAAGCUACUAAAUCCAAGAUUCGAAGUCUUGGUACCGUGGAGGCCUUGCUGUUAAUGUCAGAAUGGCAUCCUCGCUCGCUCCAUUUCCCGCCAGAUACAGACGGCUGGGACGAUGAUUUAAUUCCGCAAGACCCCAACACCCAUGAACAGAAUGAUCAGCCUGCCAGUCGCUGGGUCGAAGAUAUGAUUGAACCAGCACGGAGGUCAGAUCAGAUGUCUUGGAUGUUGCUGGGGUCUGCACUUUCGCUGGCGCAUGAAUUAGGCAUCUUCGAGACCGAGGAAAGUAGCUCGCCAGCAGGAGAGCCAGAAUGGCGAGAUCAAAUGACGCUUCGUUGGCAGCGUGUACAGCGUCUGUUAUAUGUUUACAUCAAUCAAUUAGCCUGGCGGAUCGGAUGCAUGUCUCCAAUCCCUCAGUCAUUGAACCAUGCUAUACUGGGCGGACGAAAACCACAGGGACUGAGCCAGCCCGGGAGCACUUGGUUGACAUUUAUGGAUUCAUGGAUUGAAUUAACCAAGCUAGCGAAGUCGGUCACUGACAUGUUCUUCCCGUCUGCUGCAUUUGCACGGCAGCAACUGCACAGCGGUCGCUAUGUCGGCUUGCUUGAACAUUUCCGGCCUCUCCUCAAUCAAUGGAAAGACAGGUAUCUGCAGGUUGAAGUCCUGGAUAAGGCAUUCUACAACGAUCUAUUUAUCGAAUACCACUUCGUCCGGGUGUACACGCAUUCGGUAGGAAUGCAGGCCGUGGUAGAACGUGCCGUGGCAGAAAACGAUCCCAAUAACUUUGAUGAAGUGCGACCUAUGGCCAUCGACCCAACCGACUACGAAUAUAUUCAAGAGGUGAUCGAGGGCUGUUGCCAGAUCUUGCAGAAAGUCACACAUUUAGCUGAUGCAGGUGCUCUGCGGUUCUCGCCGGUGCGCAUUGUCCUUCGUAUCACCAGUGCCUCGAUCUUCUUGAUGAAAGCGCUAAGUCUGGGUACUCGGCAUGCAAAGCUUCAAGAGUCACUUCAGAUUCUGGAGAAAAGCAUCAAAGCGCUGAAAUCAAAUGCAUUGGACGAUGUUCAUCUAAGCACUCGUUAUGCUACCCUGCUAGACAUGCACGUCGCGCGGUUACGGCGUAAUCUGUUGGCGUCUUCGAAGGCGAGGAAGAACAGUCGAGGGAACACAAGACGAUCAUCCAUGGGCCCCCCUCCUUGGCCGGACGCGGGCGAUCGAUCCAAUAACAUGAAUACUCCCGUGUCGCAGGACCUAACAUCCGACCUGGGCUUCAUGCCGUCCUUGAACGAUGUUGGUGCUGAUGAUUGGCUGUCGCUCCCAUUUGAUCCUUCGAUGGCGCCGUUUGGUAUGAGCAAUGGAGGGCAGUUUCCGAUGUAUGAAGGCGGGGGGUUGGACUUUAUCUUAAACCUGCCAUCAUAA